GAGCAGUCACAUGACCAGUUUUCAGGCUGGUUACUUCCUGUACCGCGGUUGUUUUUCCUGCGGGUGAAACUAACGGAGUCGUUUUGUCAUCCGGCGACACAACACAGCUGCAGUCCACACAUCCUGACACCCAGGACCGGAGGAGAAAGCAGCCGGCGAGCUUUCCCCUCACGUUAAACGGCGUUAACCUGUCGUCUAAAACCGCGGAGCGAUGACUUUUGGAGGGGCGGGUAGCUAGUGGACUGGAUAAACCGACUACACCGCCCGCACUUUCGAUUUGAGAAAAAACAAACAAACGCAGCAUUUAAUUUAUUUAUAAUUUUUUUAUGUCGUAAACGAGCCGCCGCUUCUGUGUCUGCGCGGCUCACGUUCAAGUUAGCAGCAAGUGGCGGCUACUUGACGGUGGCUAUCUUUUCCUAAAAACGGGCAGCCAACGUUAUGUCAAAAUACACGAGCUUUCCAGAACCAAUGGACGACCACAACCCUUUCCAGGACCCUGCAGUGACUCAACACAGCAGCAACACAGGAUAUGCCACACUGGACCUUUACAACCCGUUUGAUAAUACGACCGGGCCUCCACCGGCGUAUGAAGCCACCUCUCCCUCUGCUCCAUCUGUGCCUGCACAGACUCCACCCAGCAGGACAACACCCACUGAGCCUCGCAACUAUGGCUCCUAUAACUCCCAGACUGCAGUUAAUGCUACCACAGCAGAGCUCCUGAGGAAGCAGGAGGAGCUGGAGAAGAAAGCCCGGGAGCUAGAGAGAAGAGAGAGGGAGCUGGAGUCACACAGCCUGGGACCUGGAGCCUCUCGUCAAAAUAACUGGCCCCCACUGCCUUCCUUCUGUCCUGUGGGCCCCUGCUUCUACCAGGACAUCAAUGUGGAGAUCACACAGCGCUUCCAGCGCACCGUCACCAUCAUGUACUACUUCUGGAUGUCCGGCACUUGCGCACUGCUCUUUAACCUGGUCUCCUCACUGGCCAUGUUCUGUGUGGACUCCUCUGGUGGUGUUGGCCUAGGUCUCGCCAUCCUCUGGGCCCUCCUCUUCACCCCUUGCUCCUUCGUCUGUUGGUACAGACCUGUGUACAAAGCCUUCAGGAGUGACAGCUCCUUCAACUUCUUUGUCUUCUUCUUUGUUUUCUUUGCCCAAGUGGUCACCUACGUCAUCAUGACUAUUGGUAUCCCUGGAUGGGGUUUCAGUGGGUGGAUCGUGAGCCUGGCUGCUCUGAAGACCAGCGUCCCUGUCGGUGCGAUCAUGAUGAUGAAUGCCGUCCUCUUUACUGCCCAAACUGCCAUGGGGAUUGUCAUGCUGAAGAAGGUCCACAGUCUGUACAGGCAGACUGAUGCCAGCUUCCAGAAGGCCCAAGCCGAGUUCGCCACCGGAGUCAUGUCCAAUCAGGCCGUACGCCAGGCAGCUACCAACGCCGCUGCCACCGCUGCCACGGGGGCCUUCAACGCCCCUCGAUAGAGAGGGACGAGAGGGGAUGGCAGAAUGAGACGCAUCAGAAGAGGAGAAGGAGGUGGAGGAGGAGGGCCCCUUUCAGCUUGAUAGAGGAUCAGUAUUUAUUUCCCCAUGUGAUUAGGAUUUGAUGUGGUGUGGGGGCGUGCGGGCCAAGUCUAUAUAAUCACCCCUGGGCAACAGAACUUCAGGGCACGUGCAUGAGACAAAGGUGAAGGUUGUUUAAUUUCUAAAGGUGUACAGGACAAGUUAGCUACAUUGCCAAACCAGGAGUCAACAAAUCAUAAGUUGAUUGACGAUCUAGAAAGAUGCUGUGAGAUGUCAAAACGCUAAGAUGUGAAGCUGUUAUCAAAAGUUGUACCCAGUUGUCAGUGAAUGCAGGGAAAUGCUUUUUUUUUUUUUAUAUGAAAAAAAAAAACAAGCUGUGUGCCAAGUGAGACCGUUGUAGCCUGGAUAUUCUCAUUUUUAAAUGACUUGGAUGUACAUUGUGUUUUAUGAGGAGACAAAGAGAUGGAGAUGAACACUGAAACGUUGCCAUUCUAACAUUUGAUCCAUAACUGGUGGCCCAAGUUUGGCCAAUGUGUUUUUUUUUUCUUUCUUUUUUUUGUUGGUGGUGUUGUUGCUUAAGUGUAAACUAACCAGUUGUUUUGUUAUUUUGAAUGAGAAUGCAUAUUGACCUUAUUGCCAAAACCUGUCAUACUGUAAAGAUUCUGAACCUGUUAUUUCUGUUAAAAAUAUAUCUGUCACUGUUCUGUUAUUGUUGCUUGUGAUUCAUAUGAUUAUUACAUGUCACUGUCUUGGUUUUAAUAAAGAUAUAUUGUCAUGCUUA